CCGAGCCGUUCGCGUCUCCUCCCCGCGCGCAACCGCCCGAGCCCCUCGAUGCCAUGGGCGCUGCGUCCCCGAAGCCGUCGCUGCUGCCAUCCCGCCCCAGGAAGAGAAGUUAAACUGUAAGAGCAACCCAAUGGGCAAUCUCCCCAACAGAUGGUGACAAGAAAUCAUCCAGAUGGGGUGCAGGUGCUGUAAAAUGAUACAAAGCUAUCUCUUUGAUCCAGUCCAAGUCCCCUCCCCUGGCUAUGUCAAUGAAAUAAGUGGCUGCAAGUUGGAAGAAGACGACACUGUGAAGUUGAAAGGCAACCUAAGCAGUGAGGUCCUGGUGCACAAAAAUGCCCUUCCUGAUAGGGGUUUGGGAAGGACCGAGAGCAGAGGUAGGACAACUGGUCUACCUCACCAAGGACCACUUCCACAGGAGGAGACUGGAGGGGAACACUGUGUCACAAUCAAUGGCAUCAGCCCCACUCUGCAAUCCAGGAAUCCAAAACCCCAGCAGGGGGACAGUGGCUCCUGGGCCAGCACUGCAGACAGCAGCCACCCGACCCAACCCUUCCUUGAAGGAGAGGACAACAGGAAACAAGACUGUGUGCCAGAAGAGACCCAAGGCAUCCAAAGUGGAGAAAACAGAGUCACCUCAGAGGUAGAAAGUAGUGCCUUGGACAUACCAGAUCAUAUCCUGCAGAUACCAGCCCCGGAUUACCCUCAGCUUUGGGAUCCUGCUACAGAUGAUAUGGAUCAUGAAGAGAAGGACUAUCUUUUCCAGAACCACCUGGAAGAUAAGCCCCUGGGAGAAAUUCACCCCAGGGCUGACGAUCAUGGUUUGAAUCUAUCCUUCCCCAGGAAAAGGAGCUGGGAUUCACUAAACAAGGUCAUGACCACAGAAGUUCUGAACGUCUACUUCGAAGAGAAUGAUCCUCUUCAUGCCAUGCCUGGGGAUGAUUCCAGAAUGAAAGAAGAGGGCUCUCACAGUGCAGAAGGAGACACGGACGUGGAGGUGGAAUAUGAGGACAUGGCUGUGGCUGAAGCACUGGCAGCCUUAGAAGCUGCUACGGCAGGAGAAGAUACAGAUGAGGAAGACUAGCGGAGGGGAUUGGGUGCAGGCUAUAAGCUAGUGCCAGGCUGAGCAAGUGCAGGUGCACUGCCCUCUUGUAAUGAGCAGGUAUCAUUCUGCUAACGUGCCCAGUGCCCCCUGGCCCGUUGUUUACAUGGCAUCUGUCCUGACUGUCAGUCCUGUGCCAUGCUGCUUGCUAAAGAUGCAGAGCAUCACUCUGCGAUGAUGGGCUGUCACUCAGGACACUAGAAUAAAACUCAGAGCAGACCACGGUGCCUAGGUCCGUGGCAAUUGCAGAAUUUUAGCAGCCUGCUUCCCAGCUCGCAAUGGGAUCCAGAAUAUUUGAUCCAGAUGUCCAGAAGGCUAUUCUGCAAUCCCAACAUCUAAUCCCAAAGCACGUACCACAGAGCAUUCUGUUUGACUGUAAAAUUCUUCUGGUUGAGGUGUGUGUGUGUGUGUGUGUGUGUGUGCACGUGUACAUGCACAUGCAUGCACUCACACAUGUGUAAGU